AUGUCGAGUGAAGUGGCUCAAUCGAACAAAGACCCAGUGGUGGACGAUAAUGUCGAUGGUGACAAGGCACCUAGUGACGAAGAAGAAGGAGAGGAUGUAUUCGACUCGUCUGAGGAAGACGAGGACCUUGAUGAAGACGAAGAAGAAGCCAAGAAAGUGCGUGAGGGAUUCAUUGUAGACGACGAGGAAGAAGGUCGCGCCUCUGUGGGUCGCAAAAGAAGCAAAAAGCACAAGAGAAGGCCAAGAGAGGACGAAGAUGAUAAGCUGUCGGAAGACGAUCUGGACCUACUGAUGGAAAACGCAGGCGUGAAGAGACCAACCAGCACGGAUUCCAAUAAGGCAAAAUACAAGCGUUUAAAGAGAGCUGGUGAGGAUGGCAGCGAACAAGCCAGUGGCUCCGCUGCUCAGGGGACGACUGCUGCUUCCAGGUUUGACGACUUCUUUUCUGAGGACGAAGACGAACUUCCGGAGAGGGAGCAGCCCUUGCCAGGCAGUGAAGGAGCAGCAUCGAGCAGAAGGGAUGCAGACUUAGGAACCAUUGACGAACUGGACGAUUUUAUCGAGGAAGACGAGUUCUCCGACGAAGACGAAGAAAGCCGUCAGCAACGGCUGCAAGAACGUAAAAUGAUUCGUGAACAGAGAAUGAAACAACCUGUACAAAUAACAGGUCUUUCGUCAGAGAAAAUUGAUGAAAUGUACGAUAUUUUUGGCGACGGCCAUGACUACGACUGGGCUCUAGAAGUUGAAAACGAAGACUUCGAGCAAGCAGAAGGCGGCGAAGGAGCCGGCAACAAUGAUGAAUUUGAUGCAGAGGGCUCGAAUGAAUUCAAGAAACCAAAAAUCACCCUCCAAGAUAUCUAUGAUCUCCAAGAUCUGAAGAAAAACCUCCUCACAGAAGAAGAUAUGGUUAUCAGAAGGGCCGAUAUACCAGAAAGAUACCAAGAGCUCAGGGCAGGCCUAAAAAAUUACGGAGAACUGAAUGCUGAAGAUCAAGAAUUGGAGAAAAACUGGAUCAGCGACAAACUGUGCAUCGACAAGAACUUCGACCCUGAUUACGAUCUUUCGGAAUUCAAAGAGGCAGUCGACAAUGCCAUCAGAUUCGUUAGCAAGGACAACAUGGAGGUUCCGUUCAUCUACGCUUACCGUCGUAAUUACAUUACCUCUAAGGAGAAAGAGGGUUUUGUCCUGAACGAGGACGAUUUGUGGGAAAUUGUAUACAUGGACUCCGAAUUCCACAGUAUCAUUUACAAAAGAGACUACGUCAAGAAGUUCUACAACCAAUUAGGAAUUCAAGACGCAAUUGUCGAUGAAUAUUUCAGAAGUCAAGCCUCGUCAAUGACUGAGCUGACCUCUCUGCAGGACAUUUACAACUACUUGGAGUUCAAGUUUGCUCAUGAAAUUAACGAGGCUUUGCUAAGUCAAAGCAAUGGAUCAACCAAGAAGCACAUGAAAAACUCGAGCUAUGAAAGAUUCAAAUCGAGUCCCCUAUACAGAGCCGUGAAGGAGAUAGGAAUAACUUCGGACCAGGUUGGUGAGAAUAUUCACUCGGAGCAUCAAAUUCACCUCGUGGAAGACCACCCAGACUCUAAGCCUAAGGAUAUUAUCGCGACUUUGAUGGCAGAAUCGAGUGCUGAUCUUCAAGUAUUUGCUUCCAAUCAUAAGCUUGCCCUGGAGACUGUUCAAAAAUACUAUUCACUGGAAAUCGCUAACAAUCCGAAAAUAAGAGAAAAGGUGAGAGCCGACUUUUACAAAUACUACAUCGCAGAUGUCGUACUAUCAGUCAAAGGUAAAAAGGAGAUUCAGCGAGGCUCGCCGUAUGAAGACAUCAAGUACGCAACCAACCGCACACCUGCUCAUUUAAGGAGGGAACCUGAGGUCUUCUUGAGAAUGUUGGAAGCUGAGUCGCUGCACUUGAUGACAAUCAAGAUUCAUAUGUCAUCUCAGGAACAGUACUGUGAUCAUUUGUUUCAAACAGCUCUCGAUACUACGAACACCUCUGACAUCGCCACUGAGUGGAAUAACUUCCGCAAGGCGGCUUUCCUCUCUGCCCUUGACAAGAUAUUCCUAGAAAUCAGUCAAGAGAUUAAGGAUGACCUGAGAAAGUCCUGUCAAAAACUUGUGUCUAAAGCUGUGCGUCACAAAUUUAUGACCAAGCUCGACCAAGCGCCUUUUAUUCCUAAUCCUCGUGAUCCUAAAAUACCUAAGGUUUUGACGAUCACUUGUGGUCAAGGUCGUUUCGGUUCCGACGCGAUAAUAGCGGUUUACGUGAAUAGGAAAUCUGAUUAUGUUCGCGAUUACAAAAUCGUUGACAACCCGUUCGACAGAAACAAUCCAGAGAAAUUCGAAGAAACACUGGACAAUAUAAUACAGGCCUGCCAACCAAAUGCAAUUGGUAUAAACGGACCCAACCCUAAGACGCAACGUUUGUUGCGGAAGAUUCAAGAAGUUAUUCAGAAGAAGCAAAUCGUUGACAAUAGAGGCCACAAUAUCCCGGUAAUCUACGUUGAAGACGAACUUGCCACACGUUACCAAACUUCUGAGAGAGGAAUCGAAGAGUUUCCAAACAAACCAUCUUUGGUGAAGUAUUGCAUUGCUCUGGCUAGAUACAUGCAUUCUCCCCUAUUGGAAUACGUUAAUUUGUCUCCAGAUGAAUUGAUGUCCUUGUCAAUCCACCCUAGUCAAUCUUUAUUGACAAGAGACAACUUUAUGAAAGCUCUGGAAACUUCUUUUGUUGACCUCGUCAACUUAGUUGGUGUUGAAGUGAACAAAGCCACUGAUAACACUUACUACGCUUGCUCCUUGCAGUACAUUUCCGGUCUCGGCAAGCGUAAAGCGACUGAUUUCUUAGAGUCUUUGCAAAGAUUGAACGAGCCGCUGUUAGCCCGUCAGCAAUUGAUCACUCACAACAUCCUGCAUAAAACUAUCUUCAUGAACUCUGCUGGUUUUCUGUACAUAUCGUGGAAUCAAAAAAAUCAAAGAUAUGAAGAUUUGGAGCACGAUCAACUAGACAGCACGAGAAUUCAUCCAGAAGAUUACCACCUAGCCACGAAAGUUGCUGCGGAUGCACUAGAGUAUGACCCUGAUGCGAUCGCUGAGAAAGAAGAGCAAGGUACAAUGAGCGAAUUCAUCGAGAUCUUGAGAGAGGACUCCGAUUGCAAAGCCAAAUUAGAAUCUCUCAACCUGGAUGCAUAUGCGGAAGAGCUCGAAAAGAAUACUGGCCAAAAGAAGCUCAACAGUUUGAACACCAUUGUGUUGGAGUUGCUAAAUGGUUUCGAAGAACUGAGGAACGAUUUCCGUCCACUACACGGAGAAGAGGUAUUCACUUCGUUGACGGGUGAAACGGACAAAACCUUUUUCAAAGGCUGUAUCGUACCCGUCAAGGUUGAAAGGUUUAGACACAGCGAUAUCAUCUGUGCCACUAAUUCUUUGGUGGAAUGCAUCGUCAACGCUCAACGUCAUUUGGGUGCUCAGCUGAAAAGGCCUGCAUCUGAGUUAUACGAAGUUGGUAUGACCUACCCUGCUAAAGUGAUUUUCAUCGACUACGAAAACAUCAGUGCAGAAGUGUCGCUCUUAGAGCACGACGUAAAACACCAGUUUGUUCCUGUUCAUUACAGUAAAGACCCAUCUGUUUGGGAUCUCAAGCAAGAGCUCGAAGACGCCGAAGAGGAAAAACAAAUUGCGAUGCGCGAAGCGCGUGCGAAGAGAACUCAUAGAGUUAUCAACCAUCCUUACUAUUUCCCAUUCAACGGUAAACAAGCUGAAGAUUACUUGAGAAGCAAGGACAGGGGCGAUUUCGUUAUAAGACAAUCGUCGCGUGGUGAUGACCACUUGUCGAUCACCUGGAAACUAGACAAGGAUUUGUUCCAGCACAUAGACAUAACAGAGCAAGAAAAGGAAAAUCCUCUGGCAUUGGGACGAAUCCUUCUGGUUGAGGGGCAAAGAUACCACGACCUGGACCAGAUCGUGGUCGAAUACCUGCAAAACAAAGUAAGACUGUUGAACGAGAUUACGUCCAAUGAGAAAUUCAAGCGGGGCACCAAGAGAGAGGUGACAAAGUUCAUCGAGGAUUAUUCUAAAGUCAAUCCAAACAGAUCGGUGUACUAUUUCAGCUUCAACUAUGAGAACCCUGGCUGGUUUUAUCUGAUGUUCAAGAUCAACGCCCAGAGUAAGUUAUACACCUGGAACGUGAGACUCACGCAUACGGGCUUUUUCUUGGUCAACUACAAUUACCCCACCGUCAUCCAGCUUUGCAACGGCUUCAAGACUUUGUUGAAGACUAGUAACAGAACUCAAAGAUCAGGAGCCGCUGUUGGCAGCGCUCCAACGGCGACAGCGGGCGCUGCUGGUGGUUAUUACGGGUACUAA